AUGUCUGUUGCCGAAUUAGUAAAACUACUACAGCAAGGUAACACUGAUGUAACUGCUUACAACUCUGAGCAGGUUGAACGUGAUGUGUUCUGGAAAGAAAAAAGAAAAUGGGUUGACUCAAAGUUACCUACAGGCUAUUUCAAGCACCCGCUGUUAAACAAGUAUCGUUCAUUUGGUAAGGUUGAUACACAAUUUGUCAGUGACCCAUACUAUAUUGAAAUUGAUAAUAGACGUUUUGGUGAACUGAGAGAUGAAAAUGGACGCUCUUUGAAUCCUGAUACAUUUCGUCCCAUUGUGUCUGAUGCAGAACUCAAACAGAUGCGGGAGGGUCGUACCCGGAUGAAUGCUCCGAGUGCUAAUCAAGAAACUAGGUAUCCGAUAAACCACGGUAGUGAAGGAUACAAAAAUGACAUAGAUUUGAUUGCACGCAUCCGACGAAUGCGCGAAGGUUAUGAAGAGUUUAUAAAAGAGGAAAAACGUAAGGAAUUGGCUGACAUACAGCGUUUCCGCUCUUCACAUGGUAUUCACAAUCCUGGGGAGAGUUUGCUAGAAACAACUGGCUUGGGCACUAGGGGUACUGAUAUUUCUGCCUCAAGAGAUGAAUACAACAUGCAACGUGGCGUGAUACGACCUACUCCUGCUUUGUCUGAGAACAUCUUUUAUGAGGAAGGAGGCACGCCACCUACACAAUUAGUUCUACAUAGGCGAUCUGAAUCACCAACCUCAGGCUUACCAUCACUAGCGCCGAUGGAUGACUCACCAUCUCCAUCAUCAUCUGCAUUUGACUUCACAACAAUGCAGCCAUCGCCAAGGCUUCACGAGAGGAGAAACCCGAGAGAAUCAUCCUUGCAGGAAGUUUACAAUCCAAGAACCGGUAAUUGGAUUAGAAAAAAUGGUAAGGUACACAAGGAACUUAAGAAAGAGUGGGCAAGUAAUUCUUAUAAGAUACCAUCAUCAUGGACAAAAGAACCUCGCUAA